AUCACGAAGUUUCUACAUUUCCGGUCACCGUCUUUAAUUACCCCUACGCAGUCUGUUCUCGCUAAGCAACGCAAACUUCAAACGAACACUCUUGUUCUCUGUUUCUCUUUCUAAACUCUCCCUGGAAAUGAGCCUAUUUUCGAUUCUCUGAAAACACUUUCUCUCACUAGAUUCUGUUUAUCUUCUGCGAACAAUCAAGAACUCGGAAUUGAUUCGCUCGGUUAUUGUUUCUUGGAAGAAAAUGUGGCUACAACCGUACCGGAAAUAUGACGUGGAAUCAGGAAGUCGGCCACUGUACCCGUCGAUGUUGGAGAGUCCGGAGCUCCGAUGGGCGUUCAUUCGCAAGAUUUACUCAAUCCUGUGCUUCCAACUGCUGCUCACAAUUGCCGUCGCCGCCGUCGUCAUCAACGUCCAUCCAAUCGCCAACUUCUUCACCUCUACAGGGGGCGGCUUGUCCAUCUACAUUUUACUAAUCUUGGCUCCGUUCAUGUUUCUGUUCCCGUUGUAUUACUAUCACCAGCGACAUCCGGUGAACUAUAUUCUUCUUGGACUGUUCACUGUUUGCCUUGCUUUUGAUGUUGGAUUGACAUGUGCUUUUACCAGCGGGAAGGUGAUUUUGGAAUCUGUGAUCUUAACCACUGUGGUGAUUGUGAGUCUUACUCUCUACACAUUUUGGGCUGCAAGACGAGGCCACGAUUUUAACUUCCUCGGGCCAUUCUUGUUUGGUGCUAUUAUCGUGCUUAUGGUCUAUUCCCUGAUUCAGAUACUCUUACCUAUGGAUAGGUUGUCAGUGACGAUAUAUGGAUGUCUAGCGUCGAUCAUCUUCUGCGGGUACAUCAUAUAUGAUACGGACAACCUCAUCAAACGCUACUCCUACGAUGAAUAUAUCUGGGCUGCUGUAGCACUCUAUCUCGACAUCAUCAAUCUCUUCCUCUCGCUUUUACUUAUCUUCAGGGCUGCUGAUACUUAGGAUUUAAAAAGGAACGUACUCCCUUCUUGUCAUUUUGUUACCUGAUGAUCAUGCUAAUAUGUAAGUAAGUGGAACAUGCAGUUUGUUAAUCUCAUGUGAUUUUCUUACUUUGUAAGACGUUUGCCAAUAUGCAACUACUUCGAACAUUUUUUUUUUUUAAUCCAUCAAAGUGAAACGAGUUUGCACAUUUGUACUCCAUAUUUUUCUGUCUUUUUCUGAGGAGUUAGAUUAUUAUGUUUUGGAUUGAUGUAACCAGAAGGAUAAAGAAAGAAAGGGAAGGAUAGUGAUAGAAA